AGAAGGAGGGGGAUUCUUCCAGCUGUUUUUGUUGAAAGUGAGAGGGUGCUAGUCAAAGAGCUGAACAGCCUAAUAGGGAGUAAAGCCAGGGAGUUAAAGAAGCAAAGAAUGGGGUUAAAGUAGGGAACAGAGCAGGAAGAGUUCAUGACUGUGAACUAGAAUACCACAGCUGACGGGGAAGGAAAGCAAGAAAGAUCAACGUGUGUGUAACUUUAAGUGCAAAGGGAAAAUUGGGUCAGUGAGAGAGGAGAGAGGGAGAGAAGCAUGUGUUAGAGGAGGAGAAGCACACUCGGAAAGGGGGAGACGUACAGAGAAAUGGAGAGAAAAUCCUCAGCAGCCCUUGAACUACAGUAACAAGUGGUCACUUGAGUAAUCACUGGUGAUUCAGAGAGAAAUACACGUUCCCAAUAAUGGCGAGUCUUCCCAAAGAGCCAGCUCAGGAUGCCAAGAAACAGAGCUUCUGGAUGCCGGGGAAUUAUGUGCGUACAGUGCACCGAACUGAAAAGUCCUUCCAGGCUUGCAACGACAUUGUGGCCUGCUUCAUGGAGAGAGCAAAAGUAGAAAAACAGUACGCCCAGCAGCUCAGCCAGUGGAGCAGCAAGUGGAAGACUAUAGUGGAUUCUCGGCCACUUUAUGGCUCCCUCAUGAGAGCGUGGCAAUGUUUCUUCACCUCCACCGAGCGUUUGUCCGCCCUCCACUCCUCUAUCUCCCAGUCACUCAUGGCGGAGGAAGGGACCCGGGUGAAGACCUGGCAGAAGGAGAUAUUUCCAAAGAAACUCUUCUGUGGGUUCAGGGAGAGUCACGACAACAACACAAGUUUUUCUCGUGCGCAGAAACCUUGGUCUAAAAAGACGAUGAAGCUGGAGAAGGCCCGAGUUGCAUAUCACAAGUCCUGUCAGAGGGAGCAAACAGCCCUCGACAAAGAGAAACAAGCAAAUGGAAACACUGAGAUGAGUCCAGAGAAAAAGCAGAAAAUCACGGAGGCCAGAGAGAAGAUCACAGAGGAGAAAGAAAAGAGUAGAGACCGCUACGAGAAAAUGCUGGAGGACGUGACGUCCUACACACCUCGCUACAUGGAGGAGAUGGAAGCCAUUUUUGAACUGUCACAGGAGGAGGAGAGGAAGAGGAUCAGCUUUCUGAAGCAGACUUUCCUCUCCAUCCACAGACAUCUUGACAUCACCAACAAUGAGAGUGUGAAGGUGGUCUACAGUGAGCUUCACAACACUCUGAUGUCCAUCAGUGAGCAAGAUGAUCUUAAAUGGUGGAAGAACAACCAUGGUCCUGGCAUGCCCACCGACUGGCCAAAGAUUGAAGAAUGGGUCCCACCAGUAAAAAAACUAAAUAGAAAGAAGAGAGACCAGAAAAGAAAAGAGGGCCAACCUGUGAUGAUUGGGGGUGUGAAGGUGCGAGCUUUGUACGACUACGUGGGAGAGGAGGGCGAUGAGCUGUCCUUUAAAGCAGGUGAAGUGUUCCUGAAGGUGGAGGAGGAGGACGACCAGGGCUGGUGUCGAGGAGUCCUGAGCGGAGGGAAGGAGGGCUUCUACCCAGCAAAUUAUGUUGAAGUUACAGAGUGACUUUCCCCUGUCUAAUAUACAAUGUCCUAAACUUAUUUAUCACAGAAAGUUAGUUUUCAAAUCUUCCAAAAAAAACAAACAAUUAUUAUUAUUAUUAUUAUUAUUAUUAUAUGUUGUCACUGAUUCUGAGUUAAUGUCAGAUAUAAUCUGUUCCCAAGUAUUUUAUAAAUAUACAAUUUGUUAAGACCUUAAUAUUCUAACCUACUUUGGUUUGAGUAGGCUAAUUCUGCAAAAUGAAUUAACUUAUCAAAGACUAAAUGUACCGUUUGUUUGUGCAGGAGCUGUAUGUGUAUAUGUGUGAUUGCGUUUGUUUGUUUGUUUGCAUGCAUGUGUGCACAUUAAAACGAAACAAAAGAGAACUAAAGAGGAUAUUUAUUUACUGCCAUCAUGUCCUUAGAUCACUGUAAUGAAGAAAGCUGUUACAUGAGCUUUUCCCAGGCACAGGUUUACAAUGAUGGGAGCACACAAAGUUAAUGUUUACUUAAUAUGCAUUAUGUAGAAGCACAUAUAAGUUACUUUGACUGAGGGAAAGGAUUUUCAAAAUAAAUGUGUAAUUGUUUUGCCUCUAAA